UGCCAUUUUUAUUUAAAUUUAUUUAAUCUCGGCCUAAUGAACAAGAAAUUCCCGUCAGCCCUGCUGGGACCCCCCGAAAGCCAAAAACAUGUCAGUGGUCUACUCGUGUGAGUUUGAGGUAUACGGCAAAGUACAAGGCGUCUAUUUUCGCAAACAUGCCGAACAGAAAGCAAAAUCUUUGGGCCUGCGUGGCUGGUGCAUGAACACUAAAGAGGGCACAGUCAAGGGCUAUAUUGAGGGCCCGAUCAGGUCUAUAUACGUUAUGAAGGAGUGGCUCAAAAACACAGGCAGUCCCAUGUCGGACAUAAAAAAGACUGAGUUCUCCACACCUAGAAAAUCGCGAGAAUAUGGCUUUGUGAGCUUCACCAUAAGACCAGACGUAAUAAGGCGUGCUAAGGAGCGGAAGACGCAAUAAGCGCAAAGGAUCUUUCGAAAUAAUUGUAAAAAAAUGAUAAAAUAUGGGGUCCCACCUUUAAUAUUGAAACAAA